AUGAGCGGGAUUCUCGCCCGCAGCAAGGCCCUCAGAAAAUGGUUCCUCCCCAAUUACUGCCACGGGCCAGAGCGGCGCGGCCUGCUGGCUGGCAUCGACGCCGCUGGCAAGACGACGUUACUGUACCGCUGGAAGCUGGGCGAGGUCAUAACGACAAUUUCCACCAUGGGCUUCAACGUCGAGACCAUCCCCCGCAAUAAUGGAUCGGAUCUUGUUCUGUGGGACGUCGGAGGGUCUGAGAAGCUUCGACCCCUUCUGCGGCACUAUCUCCCUUCGACAGAGUACAUUCUCUUCAUCCACAACUGUGCGGAUAAAGAGCGGUUCGACGAGCAGAUCGAUGAAUUUCACCGCGUGGCCAAAGGUCUGGCCGAGGGGGGCGGGCGUUACAUAUUCGUCAUCCUCAACAAGCAGGACCUCCUGCCUCCCGCCCAAAGGCGCCACCACGUCGCCAACAUAAUGAGGCGCUACGAGCAAGAAUCGACGAAACACGCCCACAAACUCACAAUAGACGUACUAGACCUCCCGUACCUGAGCGCCACAAAGAGCUCCGACGCGGAAUUGCACGUCAUCCUCGACCACGUGCAAGAACGCCUCCGGCGCGGGCCGAAGCCGCGAGCAGCCAUCCCGACGUGGAAUGAAUCGCGGCCCGCAGCGAAGCGACCCCGUGCGGACUUGGAUGAUCUGAAGCGCCAGGCACGGCAGAUGAUUGACGCAGAUGGUGCGUCCGCGGACGAGUUUUGGCAGUCGUUGGAGCGAGGUGACGUGCAGGAGUGGAAUCACUACAGCCACCUACGGGCUGGAUUCUUUGCCCUGGUCGAGGGCGCCACGUCCUCUAUGACGCUGUUCGACUGCGCAGACGUGCUCAUCAACAAGACCAUCUUCUGGCUUCUCCAACUUCACCUCUCGGCGAACAAGUACGUUCAAGAGGUGCAACUCGACAGGGCCUUGACACGCGACGACUUUACCAACGUCCUUUUGCAUAACCCCGAGCUGUCCGACUCGGGCCUGUGGAGGGACUACUUUUCCAAGCGCCGGAUCUCUUCUCCCGACGCCAGCGAGCGUUGGCUCUUUCCAGACUUUUGGCCCCUGCCAUCCGUCUACACGAUGCCUUUCGCAACAGAACCCCCCGCGGUCGUCGACGAGGCCUUCCUGGAGAGCUACAGGCUCAUGAGCCUCGGGCUCGCCGUGGCGCGAGAGAUGCACGUAUCGGCCGCGAGCUUGAACCUCGGCCCCGACGUGAUCCAGCAGCACGCGCUCAACGGGAUCGAAACCGUCAUAAUGCGCCGACGGGCCACGGACCCCAAUAUCCCACCGUUCACGCCCACCAAGGCGUGGUUCUGGCUGCAGUACGUCCGCGGGUGCCUCACCGGCGCCAUCAUGAAGACGGGCAUCCGCGCUGUGAAGGCUGUGGCCAUGUGGCACGGCCUGCACACGGAAAUGACGCCCGAGGAGUUUGUGGACAUUUUUGGUUUCAGGGGCGACGAGUGGCAGCAGUACUACUCGCGCUUCGUGUGGGAGAGCAUGCAUGCGCGCGUUGGGGUUGUGAUCCCGGACUUGAAGCCGCUGCCGGAGGUGCUUGCGGCGACGCUUGGGGUCCACAUUGUGCUUGCGCCGAAGCCUGCUGACGAUGGAAGAGUGCUGUCACCUGUGGUCUACGAAAGAGCCCAGCAGCCUGCGGUCGGUGGAAGUGCCCAGCAGCCCAAGGCCGAUGGAAGCGCGCAAAAGGCUGCGCUCAAAAGACCUACCCAAAAGCCUCUGGUCAGUGGAGCCACACAGAAGCCUGUCAUGGUUCGACGUGUGCAGAAGCCCACGGUCAAAGGAAGUGCGCCGAAGCCAACAACGUUCAAUGGGACUGCGCAGAAGACUACAGUCAACACGAUCGCCAAGAACCAGCCCUCAUCCCACACCGACGACUCUUUCGAAGACUUCGUCACGGUAGACAUCCACGGCGACGCGGUCGAAACGCCAUCUGAAGACGACCUCGCCCUCGCCGCCGCCGUCAUCAUCGACGAGGCCGAGAUCAUCGCACUGGAAGACACCGAGGGCUCUUUCGUCAAGGGAAACAGCCACGCGCGGAUGCUCCUGCGCCUCCACCGCAUCCUCGCCGAAGCAGACGACCAGGCGAGGGGCUGGCCGGCGCAAGCCAUCGCCGACGCGCUCGAGGUCCCCUGCGCGGGUACCGUCGAUGGCCGCACGCAGAGGACGUUUUGGGCGCGGCAGGUGCUCGGCGCGAGGAUGAACCACGGGCGCCGGUCCGAGAGCUUUGAGGGGUUCGUGCUGGCGAACAAGGAGCUGGCGAACGAGGAGCUGUGGCGGGCGUAUUACUCGCCGGCUGUGUGGGAGGGCGAGCAGAGCAAGAGGAUGUUUGUCGAGCCUGAUUGCAGGACGGGGGCGGAUCAAACCCCUUGGACUUGA